UGCAAUGAAAGAUUAAUUUAUUCAUUUAGACUUAUUGCAUCUAUCCAUAACUUCUAGAUCCUUACAAAGUGUUUUAAAACCACAUAUAUGAAAUCAGUAUGACAAAAAGAUAGUUAAAAGGAUCUCACUCCAAAAACCUUCCCCAGCCCUAAAUAAAACAAUUGCCCCAAAAUCCCAGACCUCCACAGAACAUAUACACCUGCAAUGUAUAAAAAAUUUCCUUCAAGCAAAUUUUCUCUGCCACUUCCAUAUCUACCCCAGUCAGACCGCCUCACGUGAAAAAGACUGGGUGUAUGCCCUGAAGGUUCACCAAAUACAGGCUCAAAUGAAACAAGGAAGGAAGCAAAUUCCAGAGACCAGAACUCCUCACUAAGAAUAUCCUGCUGCUGUCUCCUUUUUAGACUUGGAAUGGGUAUUAGUUCAAGUACAUCAAAUACUUGCAAAUGUCCUGCAAAAAGAGACUCUCAAAUAGGCCAGACCAUUUAGGUCAUCACAGGAUAGAACCAGUAACUUCAACUAUACCCCAAAAUGAACUGUCAGCUAGGGCAUGUCACAAUGCUCAGGUGUAAUAUUUUGUGUGAAACAUCACUUCAUAAACAGGCCUGUGAUUUCUGUACUAGCUGCCAUUUCCAGAUGUUUUAAGAUAUAGCCCCAUUACAAUAAUCCAAGGAAGAUUAUUACAAUAAGAUCUGUAUCUUGGGGGAGGAAAAAAAGACACAACCUCCUCCUAAGUGCAAAUGAUAAAAUGUGCUCUUAGGAACAGCUGCCAUCUGAGUAAUCAAGAACAGCUAGGGAUCCAACAAACCCCCCAGGCUGUGAACCUUUGAAACAGUGGGCAUACCCUCUCAACUAAGGAUGCUAAUAUCCCAAUUCUUCCACUUGCUUCUCCCAUCCCUAUAAGCAUUUUUCCUGUCAUUCCUGCACAGUAGCGGGAAUCCCUGGGUAACUUAAGCCUGGUCUAUAGUACAAAGGUAGGCCUAUAUAAGCUGCCCAGUGCAUGUGUCUACACUGAAACUUGUCUUCCACCGAUGUGAGCUCCCCAUUACGCCAACAUACUAAUACCACUUCCCCAAGAACUGUUGAGCUAUGGUUGAUGUAUUGUGGUUGACGCAGCACGAAUGUAGACACUGCAUUACCUAUGUCGACCCUAAUAGUCCUCCAGCAGCUUUCCCACAAUACCCAACACUGACCGCUUUGGUCACAGUUGUGAACUCCACUGCCCAAGGGUCAUGGAGACUGGAAGCUCUCCCUACCUUCCCCUUAAGCCCUGCAUGUUUUUGAAAUGCCUUUUAGUGAUUGUCCAUUUUGGUGAGCACACUUAGCAGCUCUCCACUGUUGCAUGCAACUGCCCAGCUGACUAUGCUGGCUACAUGCUUGGGCCUGUGGAGAGAAGAGGCUGUGAAGGCACAACCUCGGAUCGCCCACAGAAACAUGGACAUCUACGAUUAAAUUGAAUGGUGGAUGCAGGGAUCAUCAGCAGUGCUGCAUGAAAGUGAAGGAACAGCAGCAGGCAUAUCAGAAGGCCAGGGAAGCCAACAGUCAAUCCAGUGCCAAGCUGCAGACCUGGCACUUUCACAAAAAGAUGCAUGCCAUACUUGGCGGAGAUCCCACCACCACUUCACACAGCGAGGAGAAGGUGGAGGAGGAAGAGGCGAGGAUGGGGGAUGUGACCAAGGGAUCCAACUGUGGGGUGAGUAGGGACCUGUUUGAGACUCCACCACAAUCCAGUCAGUUGAGCAUGUGCAAACCUGAUGCAGAGGAAGGAAUCUCGGCUGCUGCUGUUGAGGCCGUGAGGGGUUCCCCCUCCAUACCCGUGGAAUGCCUGAGCCAGAUAAGGAAGAGAAAUAAGAGAUUCAGGAUGACAUGUUCAGCAAGAUCCUGCAAGCCAGUGCUGUAUCAGACCCUGAACAGAGGACCUGGAGAAUUAAUAUUGCACUGUAUGGAGAAAGGCCCAGAUGCCAGAGAGGGAGAUGCACCAGGAUAUAAUGGGAUUUCUCUGGCAGCAAACACAGAUGCUGUAGAGUCCUGUGGACCUAUGGGUUCAAUAAUCCUGGACUCACCUCCCUUUGGUGAACUCCAGUACAUGGAGAAUUCCACUAUAGCACACUCCACCCCCCAAUAACCACUGCACAACAUUCCACAGAGUAUCAGGAGUCACGUUCCUACCCCUACCAGUCCACAGUAGGAGAUAUUAAGGACAACUACAGCUUCACCUAUGAGAGCCAUGGUAGCUGUAUGUGUAGCUAAAAUGGACAUGAAGGUUCAUUCUUCAAGCUCUGUUCCAUACAUUUAUUAAGGUUUUAAUGUGUUUGCUUUUAACUUGCACAAAAUUUUUUGAAGUGUUUUCAUAACUCAAUAAAACAGUAUUGUU